AUGUCUCGUCGACGUGCUUCUCAUAGCGAACCAAUGGGCUUAUCAUCCGCGAUGAAUGAGGCGUUUGCCUAUCCGUUCUCUGGUACGCAGCAGAACAAUGCUCCACCACGACGGGGUCCGAUCGAGGGACCCAACGGACGAAGGUUGAUUCGUAGAGUCACCUGGCGAUCCUCCACAUACAAAUUGAUGGCAUGUCUAUGGGUGUUGGGUGUCUUUUAUAUUGUCUGGCUCAUCCGAGACAUCUUCUAUUUGCCUUUCACUCCUUCGCCGAAGGGCCCCAUCCACCCCGAGUCUCAGACCGAUUUACUGGCGCAUUAUGUGGGUCGACGAGAAUGCGGCAUCUCUUCGCAGUCACUCUACAAUACCCCGUCCACCGGGGAUGGCCGUGCAUCCCAUCCCCUGUACUGUUCCACCCGUGAUGCACUGCUCAGUGCCAUGAGCAACGGGGGUCGUCAUGGUUUCGAUGCUGCAUACACCUCCCAAGGCAACCUUGAGGUGUGUGAGAUCUUGCACAGGUUUGAUGGAGUUAUAUUUGUGGGGGAUGAUGCCUUGGCCGACGCCUAUGCGGGGUUCAACAUCCUUCUGCGAGAAAACCUAGCGACCGGCUCUCUGAAAGAUUGGGACAUGGAUAAGGACUUGAGGCAGCAAUGUAGAUGCGAGUCUCAAUUCACUCAAGCUGCUUGUCUACCGCUGCGCAUCACCUCGAGUGAGGAGGUGUACGCACAAAACGGCGGCCCUGCCAUGCGAACUCCAUACUCGUGCCCCUCCCGUGUAUCUCAUGCUUUCCUCCCCGCUGAUGGGUCCACGGCUUCCAAGAGCACCCACGACCACUUCCGCCGCCUGACCGGAAGAGCGACUGACCGAAGCAAGCCUGUCCCUGUUAUCCUGAGUCUCUCGCUUGCAACGUCAUACUCUCUACCAGCAGCCCAGAAGAGCAUGGACGAAUGGAUGUCCAUGGCCAAAGCAACCAAACACAGCACACCUUUCCUCUGGGUGGGUCCCACCGCUCCUGGUCUCCGGAAGGACGCCAGGGACAACAUCUACGCAUCCAGCUGGCAAUACUCGCAAGAAACUAUCAAGGAAGCUCGUGCUCGCGGCAUGGAUGCUUUAGGGGUGUAUAAUGCGACCUUGCAGGCCGAUAGUUGGGACGGAAAACACUAUGGCGAGCAAGUUGCACUAGUGCAAGCAAUGAUGAUUGUCAACUGGCUAUCGACUCUCUGA